CUUGAAAAGAUUGCAGAUGGUGUUGGUGCUUUUCUGAUGAUGGAUAUGGCUCAUAUUAGUGGACUUGUUGCUGCUUCUGUGGUUGGGAAUCCUUUUGAUUAUUGUGAUAUUGUCACUACCACAACACACAAGUCUCUGAGAGGGCCAAGAGGCGGCAUGAUAUUCUUCAAGAAAGAUCCUGUUUUAGGCAUCGAAUUAGAAUCCGCCAUCAAUAAUGCUGUUUUCCCAGGUUUGCAGGGUGGUCCACAUAACCAUACAAUAGGAGGACUUGCAGUUUGCCUGAAGCAUGCUCAGUCUCCAGAGUUCAAGGCCUACCAGAACCAGGUGGUUUCUAAUUGUCGAGCUCUUGCUAAAAGAUUGAUGGAGUUGGGCUACACAUUGGUUUCUGGUGGAAGUGAUAACCACUUGGUUCUUGUGGAUCUCAGGCCAUUAGGUCUUGAUGGUGCUAGGGUAGAGAAAGUUCUAGACAUGGCUUCCAUCACCUUGAACAAGAACUCCGUACCUGGUGACAAAAGCGCACUGGUGCCAGGUGGCAUACGGAUCGGGUCGCCCGCUAUGACGACACGUGGGUUCACGGAAAAGGAAUUUGUUAAUAUUGCUGAGUUUAUUCACGAAGGGGUGCAACUCACACGUGAGAUAAAAAGGCUGUGACAAGUGGGUCAAAAGUACAAGAUUUUAUCAAGUAUGUAGCUUCUUCGGAUUUUGGUUUCACCAGUCAAGUUUCGGAUCUGAGAAAGAGAGUUGAGGCACUCACAACUCAAUUCCCGAUCCCCGGUUUGUAAAAAUUGUCUUGUUUUAGGAAAAAUGUCAUAAAUUGAGUAAGGCUGUCACUAGUUGGAUGUGUUGGUUUUUUUUAAGAAUGUUGAGAUGUUUUUUAUCAAAAGAUUUUGUAACUGAAAAGGAGGCUCAUGUUGUGGGUAUUGGUUGGUCCUAAGUAGACCUGGUAAACGUAUCAUGUCAUGACAGGUUGAA